UUUUUUUUUUUUAUAAAUAAAUUUCAUCUGAAUGAGACGCAUGAGAAUAACUGGGAGAAGUGCAGCUACUACUGGGGUGGGGGGGCUGGCUAGUGCUGUUCUGUCAGGCUGAUUCAUGCUGCCCACACGGCUCUGCAGCCUCGCUCAGACUCUACCAUUGCUCGCUGCUGCCGCUUUACAGAAGCCUUCCAUCUCCUUGCUCUCCAUCUCUCCCUGUGCCCUGCUUCCCUGUGUCCCUCUUCACUUCAGCACUUCUGCCAGCAGGGCAAGGUUCCUGAGGGCCAUGCCCUGCCCCAUGGGCCGGUUCUAGCAGUGUCCCUCCCCUCCCCUCCCCCCAGUGUGUUGGAACCUGUUGGUAACCAGUUCCGGUGAGGAAGUGCAGCCUGAUGCCAUCCUGUGAUUUAGCAGCAGCCUGUUGGACUGGCUUGGCUUGUGUAACCAGGAGCCGGUGUGGCAGCCCAGGCACGUUAACUAGCCAUGCUCCAGGUGUGUGCUCACAGGUGCCGUCAGACUGGUAGCAGGGAGGGGAUUGCAGUCCAGAGGGAUGAUGCUAUGGAUGAGACUAAUACCCCUUAGAGUUUGAAGGCUGGAGCAGGAAGUGUUUCAGGGAAAUAGGACCUGAAAUCAGACUCCCCAUUAAAGGGUGCUUGGAGGGGGGCAGGACAUGACCCAGGUUGAAGGGUGGCAGAGGUAGCACCAUGCUACAGAACAACCUGCCACUAGCACAGAAAAGGGCUUAAAUCCUGAACACACUGCAGCCUGACACACUGGAUUUACCUGAGCUUUCCUGAGCGUGGGCAGGAUGUGGCGUAUCCUGACCUGUCAGUGCUAAUAGCUGUUCCCCGUUGGGAAGUGGGUGUAGUCAUCAGGAUCGCCUGCAGGCUCUGCAGAAGUUGUGCUGCUCUGGCUAAUUACUGGCUUGGCUGGUAUCUGUCACGGGGUUCAGGCGCUCUGCCUGCCUGGAAUGCUUGGGAGGGUGGCCCUGUGUCACAGGGAGCUGGCCUGGAUACAGGUUCUACUUUCCCUCCCGGUACCACCACCGAGUCCUUCCCGCUGCAUCUUUCUUGCUGCCAGUCAGCUGCCGCCCUGUCUCCUCUCACUGCAGCUCCAGAGGGAGAGGAGCAGCGUUCCCUGGGCAGAGGCACCGGGGCAGCAUGGUGCUGGAGGCCGUGAAGGCAAAGCUGCGGAGCAGAGCCAGGCAAUGCUGCUUCUCUCUGCUGGCCCUGCUCUACGUGUGGUGGCCGGCCUUUCUCACCCCCUCUCUCUGUUACAGGCUAGUGUUUGGGAUGCUCUAUCCGGCCUAUGCCUCCUACAAGGCAGUGAAAACCAAGAACAUCCGGGAAUACGUCCGCUGGAUGAUGUACUGGAUUGUGUUUGCGCUUUUCAUGGCUACGGAGACUCUCACGGAUACGUUCGUUUCCUGGUUUCCCUUCUACUAUGAGAUCAAGAUGGCAUUUGUCGUGUGGCUGCUUUCCCCCUACACCAAGGGAGCCAGCCUGCUCUACCGGAAAUUCGUGCACCCCACGCUGUCCCGCAGAGAGAAGGAAAUCGACCUGUACAUCAUCCAGGCCAAGGAGCGCGGCUACGAGACCAUGGUGAACUUCGGCAAGAAGAGCCUCAACAUCGCAGCCACAGCUGCCGUCCAAGCUGCGGCCAAGAGCCAGGGAGCCCUGGCCGGGCGUCUGCGCAGCUUCAGCAUGCAGGACCUGCGUGCCAUCCCUGAUGAUGCCCCCGUGCACUACGAAGACCCCUUGUACCUGGAGGAGCAGGAGAUGAGGAGGCGGCCGAUAGGUUACAGAACUGCCUCGGCCGGCCGGCAGCCUGGGCGCGAGAGUGACACGGAGGAAGAGGAAUGCUGGUCGGACUCCCAGAUCUCUCCCAAGGCUCUGCCCCGCAGCCGGGACUUAGCGCUGUCCAAAACAAUCUCCAGGAGCCAGAGCCUGCGCAUCGUGAAGAAGAGACCCCAAGUCAAAGAGGGCUCUUCCAGGCUGAUGCGGGGCCGGGCAAGGAAGAAGACGGUGCAGCCGGAUCAGGACAGUUAGUCAGCCCGCGAGAGCUGGGCUUCACUGGGAAUCUUAACCUGAUAUGAUUUGGCUGCCACACCGGGGCGGCAUCUUUCUCCCUGGGACGAUGUGCCACUUCCUGCUACAUGCCUGGCAGAGGAGAUUGCUGUUUCUAAUGGGGCAGGAGGUCCCCAUACACCCCACUGUAAAUAUCUUGUCCCUCCCUUGUCCUGAUAGGUCCCUGUACCUUCCUGUCAACAUCCUGCUGCUCUCUCUGCCCCAGGAGCUGCCUCUACGCACAAUGGUCCCCAUCCCCCUCGGUGUAAAUAGCCCAGCACCAGGUCUGUUGCACUCUGCACGUGGGCUUCACUCUUGACUCCCCUGCUGUUCUGCUGGGCCCCAGCAUGACACCUCCAUAGCUGGGUUAGUGGCACUUUAGACCAUGGAGCUAUUCUCCUGAGCUACUUCACGUGCCCUGUCACUGUCCCAAGGGAAUGGCCCCCCUGUGUCUCCAUCGAUCUGCUGCAGGUCAGCUCCAGUGACUCUGACCCCUCCUGCUCCCAUCCUCCCUCUGACCCACUUAGUUCUGCCCGCCCAGGGCUGUCUCUUACAUCCCUGCCACUAGUCUCGUAGGGCGACGGCUCUUGUUUCACUCAGGUUUCUCUGCUGUCUGCCACUGCCCAGCUUGGGAGUGCUCUGCACUGCCCGGUGUGCCUGAGCACCCUGGGCGGGUGCAAUGAACUGCUUUCUCUCCUGCUUGUGGGUCAGGAGCUGUGGUGAGUAGCAGCCUGGACCAGGCCCAGGAGGGUCACAGGCACACUGUGUCCCGGGUGUUACAUCCUCCUGCUCUUCAGUCUCUAAUGCACAGGUUUGGGGGGAUAUUUAUUUGUAGUGUAACUAGCAGUUGCCUUAUGGAAUCUGAGACCCUCUCUGGUCCUUCUAUUCCUGGGGGUCCAGCAUAGCAUGUUUGUGGCUGAAAUGACUGAUGCUUUAAGCCAAGCAGAGCGCUUCUGUGAGCGGUCAACUCUCCAGAGAUCUGUCCUGAAUCAAAUGAUCCACCUCUGAAUGGAACGUACACAUCAGCACAGAGGCUCCCUUAGUUACUGUCUUGGUGAUCUCUUCUAAACAUCCCAGCCUUAUUGAAAGGCAGAGGUGCGAUGCGGUGAGAACUUCCCCUGCCAUCUAAGUUACACGAAACCAAAGACCUCAAAUGCCAAAAAUCCAUGCGCUCCUUUGCCUUUAGACCCAGAACACAGCGCUGGGAGCUGGUCACCUCUCUGCCCCAUGUGGAUUUCUGUACCACCCCCAUCUCCCCUGACAGCACCUCAGGGAUCAGACCCUCCACAGUCUUGCCUCAAAUCCUUGUUACUUGAAAACAGACUGACUGAUUGCUCUCUAGCCCCACUUCUGUGUCCUUCACUCUCAGCUGUUUUUUAUGUGAGACCCUCAUGUAUAGAGCUUUUGUAUAUUUAAAUACAUGAACUUGUGAAAUGA